AUGAAUCCAUUGUUUGAUGUGAAGGACAUCUUAGAGUAUCUUUUAACUAUUUUAUUAAAACAAUGGUGUGUCACUAUAAACAUUAUAUGUACAAUACUUAUUGAUAUUUACAAAAAUUUUUAA